AUGAUUUAAUAGAAAAUUAUUUAUAAUUCACUUAAAGAAUUUUAAGAGUCUAAUCUAUCUGAUCAUACUAGCAUAUCCUUAUAACUUAAUUACAAUAAUCUUUAAGACUAAGAAGCUGCUAUUUUAGGCGAUGCAAUCAAAAAAUGUGUCAAUCUAAUAUCUAUUGCACUUUCUCUCAACUAUAAUAGUAUUCAGGAUUAAGGUUUGUUAGUUUUAGGAUAAGCUUUUGCUAAUUGUCAAAAUCUGCAAGAUUUAACAUUAGUUAUGAGCAACAAUUUAUUUGGAGAGUAAGGAAUUUCAAAUCUAGGUUAAGGUUUAGUUAAAUGCAAAAAUCUUAUUAGUUUCACCUUGAUUAUAGGAUCUAAUAGGAUUGGAUCACAAGGAGCUCAAAAUUUAGGUGAGUUUUUAAGUCAAUGCCAAAACAUCAAAAAUUUAACUUUGAAUCUUUACUAUAAUGAUAUCGGAUCAAAAGGAGCUUCAUAUUUAGGUUCAUAAUUUGGUAAAUGCUAAAAUCUAAAUAAUCUUACUCUCAAUAUUUAAGCCAAUAAAAUAUGCAACGAAGGAAUAAAUGGUAUUGCUUAAGGGCUAUCUAAAUGUCAUAAUCUCUAAAGUGUUAAUCUUAACUUUUUGGCAAAUAAUAUAAUAGGAAAAGGAGCGUCUAUUAUUUGUGCUUCUUUAGAAAAUUGCAUUUAGCUAUCAACCUUAAUUCUUGAUUUUUAAUUGAAUGACAUAAGUGAUUAGGGUUCUAUUGAGCUAGGAAAUACUAUUCAAAAAUUAAAAAAUCUUUAAACACUGGCACUCAAUUUAGGGUAGAAUAAUAUAGGACCAAGCGGAGCAUAAAAAUUAGGUCAAGGUUUAGCAAAUUGCAAAAAUAUUUAAAACCUCAGUCUUAAUUUAGGAGCUAACAAAAUAGAUAAUGAAGGUGCGUUAGGUAUGGUAAAGGAUUUAUCAGCUUGCAAUACUAUUUUGAGCUUAGUUCUUGUCCUUUAUAAAACUUAGAUUACAGAUGAGAUAAUGGCAAAUUUGGCUUGUUCAUUAGCAACCUUAUAAAAACUUUAUAAUUUAUCAAUCAAACUUGAGACUAAUGAUAUUAGUUAUAGAGAAAAAUAACGAUUUUCUAGAAAAAUUUAAAAACUUAAAAGAAUUGUGAAGAAGUUCAUCUUGUUUGACUGA